AUGAUUCAUAGAGCAAUUUUCAAAAGCCACGCCCACCACCGUCAGAAGCCACGCCCACCACCUUCAGAAGCCACGCCCACCACCUUCAGAAGCCACGCCCACCACCUUCAGAAGCCACGCCCACCACCUUCAAAAGCCACGCCCACCACCGUCAGAAGCCACGCCCACCACCGUCAGAAGCCACGCCCACCACCUUCAGAAACCACGUCCACCACCUUCAGAAGCAACGCCCACCACCUUCAGAAGCCACGCCCACCACCGUCAGAACCCACGCCCACCACCUUCAGAAGCCACGCCUACCACCUUCAGAAGCCACGCCCACCACCUUCAGAAGCCACGCCCAGCAUAAGAAAACUUCAGUGA